GUCGCGACUGAGGUUAUCAAGUGGAAUGCCGAUCCCGAAUUCACGCCUCUGGACGCGUCCGAGUUUCUCGAACCGAGGGUUCAGGCAAAGUGGGAGACGCUCUACCCAGCUGGAGCAGGAUUCGUCGGUCCAGAUGCGUCGGUGUAUAACUCAACAUCUGUCACGCACCAGUUGCACUGUGUGUACAUUAUGGGUAAAAUUUUCUCCGCAGUCUUGACGGGUUCGCCAAAUUUACCCGAACCAAAUGACUACGAGGCACAUUUUCUUCACUGUGUUGAUUACAUGCGCCAAGCUGCAAUGUGUGCAGGAGAUUUGGCUAUCGAGCCGCGCGGAGAGAAUGGACAGCCUGGGCAGGUCAACCUCGAGAAUGCCUUCAACGGCCUGCACGUCUGCAAAAAGUAUGACCAAGUAAAGGAUUAUCUCGAAGGGCAACUCAAGGACGGAGCACGAAAUAUCCUGCCACUCGAUGAUUGA